UUAUAUAUAAUCCUUUUUUAAAAACCUUUUUUUUGGGCAUCUUUCAUUUGCUCGGCUAAUAUCUUGUUAUGUUUGUAUUCCCGGCCUUUGAUUCCAACUAUCAAACGAGGAAACGUGUCUAUCGAUGUUGUGAACGUUGUAGAACAAAAAGAGUGAAAUGCCGUGUUGCAUCCAAGGGCCUGGGGUGCGUGAGUUGUAUCAAUAGCUCAUCACCUUGUUCAUUUGUCCCCACACAACCACCCGUCAGUACUUUGCCACCUACGCAGACUGGAUCGGUGAAUACAACCCCCAAUGUAGAGAGAAAUAUCGUGAAUGACAGUGGGAAUAGUAGCAGACUCGCUCAAUAUUUACCACCACUUCCCACCCCACAAGCAAAACCUAUAGAGAUGACUAAUGUUACCCCUCAAUUUUUGAAAAAAAUGUACAACUUCAAUAUAUCAGGAAUGCUGGCUCAAAGAGCGUAUCAAUACGUUUUCCAUGAUCACCCCAAGGUCAUUUUCACCAACAAAACUAAUAAUGAUAGAACAUUAUAUCGUGAAUCUGGAAUUCAUGUCGAUUAUCAAGUUCCUUUGAAGUCAGAUAACCCUUCAUCAUUCAACUGGAGCCAGCAAAAGGCCUCAGGGGGAUCUAAUUCGACUAAUACCCCCAUACCGCAUAUCCGAGACAGAAGAACGUUUGAUUAUCUUCUUUCCAUCAAUGCAUUUAGUAUCACUCAUGGACCUUAUAGUUUUACCAAUGAGGAACUAAAUAAAUUCAUAGAUCUUUACUUCACAAAGAUUAACUCUGUUUUCCCCCUUGUUUCCGUCAAGGGAUUUUGGGACGAAUUCAACGCUGGAGCUCUCCCUAGUGUUUUAAUGUACACCAUAGUUUUACUCAUGCUGAAGGACAGUUUAGCCACCCCUAUGCUAUCUGCUAUGUUUGCUAGAGAAGGGCGUACUCGUUCAUAUGAUGUUGAGUAUCUCGAAUUCACAGCAGACUUGCAAAAUAAAAUCCGUCAAAUUGUGCUCAUCUUGCCUCAAUUGGGAGAUUAUGAUAAACUUACCAGACUAUCAUCACUGUUAUUACUCUCAUUACAUUAUGGAUAUGACAGAUUUGGGAACGAACGAGCCUCGCAUGAUCUUACUGAUGCUGUCAAUAUGGCAUUCCUGUUGGGAAUGCAUAUGAAACGACAACCACUGGAAUUGACUCAAGAAAGAAUUGACCAUCUCAAUGACAUGUGGUGGUGUGUCUAUGUCUUUGAUCGGUUCAAUGCCUUGGUGAACUGUAGAUCACUCUUUAUUCGAAAUCAUGACUUCAACAUUGACCCUCCUCAUAAUCUGAAUUUGAAAAAACUUGUUGAAGUGGCAAGAUCAUUAGAAGAAAUGUUACAUGAAGUUUAUCGUCCUAAUCAUAAGAAUGCGCCACAUUAUAGAAAAAGUAUAUUUGAUAUGGUUGAGUUCGAAAAUAAAGAAUUUAAACUAUGUGACCUUGAUCAAAUGGACAACAAAGUUGAAGGAGGUGAAACAUAUAUAGCAUCUACUGUAAACUUUGUUACCAGGGUGGUGAAAAAUGUGAUCAUUUUAGCAUCACAAAAGGCGAAAUAUGAUGAUCCAAAAAUCCCUAAUAGUCUUGCUGAAUCGAUCUCGUUAAAGGCGUCACUGAAUAUCCUUUGGUAUAUCCAACGCCAGCCUCCACAUAUGAUGAUAAACAUCCCGAUAAUUCCAUGGUGUUUAUCCUUAGCUUUGGCCGCAUCGCUCAAAAGUAAGGCCAGAAAAGUACUUGAAUACAAGUUGGAUUCAGAAGGCACUGAGCUGGUGGAAGACAUGGAUAAUACUGUUUCCAUAACUCAGAACUACGAAUGGACGGAUUAUGUGAAAGAAUUGGAUAGUUACUGCAAACGUUGGUGGGUUGUGGAUGAAAUUUGUAAAUUAUCUACGGAGUUUGGUAAAAAGCUUGAGAAGAAGGAAAUAAACCAAAAGAAAAAUAUAGAGCAUGACUUAAAGAGACGUAAGGUUACACCAGCUGCACCUCCUAUUCCACCCAUUCCAAACAAUGUACAUGAUAUUCUUUUACCCACACCAACCCCUGCGGCACCACCAGCGCUCGGUAAUGUAUCACUUUCCCGUGUCCCCACUAUGGACUUUAGCUCAUUAUCGUAUGACGAUUAUUUCGGUUCAUUACCGAUCAAUCUAUUUGAUAACGAACUCUUCAUGGAUUUCCCUCAUGUACAGCCAUCCACAGGGGACAAUUCUGAAGUAGGGGACAAUCCAAACCUGGUUUAGUAUAUAUUUCUAUAUUAGCUCAAUAUCUAAAAAAACGUUUAAAAAUGGGUUACCCCAUUAUUUUC